AUGGUCUACACGUCUCCCGUCUCGUACGCGGCCGCGCUGCUGUCAGUGUUCGCGACCUUCGGCUCGGCCCAAAACUUCACAAUCUCCAACGGCCAGAUUUUCACGCCAGGUCUCAUUAUUUUGAAUGCUCCUCAACCGGGAACCCCGCUGGGCGGAGAGAACCUUCAUGUCUCACUGGACGUGUCGACGAACGGCAAGAUGCCGCUGCCACCGUACGCCGAGGACAGCCCAACCAAGAUUUUCAACGUGACCAUGUUCCUGUCGAGCUACACCACUGGCCGCAACCUCACCAUCACAAACGGCACGGCGACGGCCAACAACGCUAGCCUCGGAAACAUCAUGUACCAGGAGCCCGGCAGCACGGUGAAGCACGUCAACUGGAUCUGGCCCGAUUGUCUGGUUGGUGACGGCCAGCCCAGCUCGGCCGACAGCGACCGCGGCGCUUACAACAUUUCCAUUCGUCAAAAUUUCCGCCUCAACGGCGAGGACCACUACACAAUCUUCGACGUGCCCAUCUCGGUGACCAACAGAAUCCAGGAAAAGGACGGCCGACCGUCGUGCGACGCGCUCAACAACGCACUCUUGACGGAGGAGGAACUCGACGCGCCGAACGCCAACGCCGUCGGCGUGCUCUUCGCACCGGGUGGCUCGACCACUGUCGAGGUCAAGUCCGGUGACGGCGGCGAUGGCGGCAGCGGCAGCGGCAGCGGCGACGGGCUCGGCGGGUCCAAGCCGGAGGCGUCACCCGGCGACGGGCUCGGUGCGGGAAGCAGCUUGAGCUGGAGGGACGGCGCACACUGGCUGUGCCUUGUAAGCAUCGGCGCCGCGCUGAUGCUUUGA